CCAAGCAAAAUUAAACAAUAAAAGAAACUCUACAAACUUCAUUUUUUUUAAAAACAUUCUUGGUUAGUCUUGUUAAUCUUAUUGUUGCUGUUGAUGGUUUUUCCUUUUUUUUAAUCCAAAAGGGUAUAUCAUGGAUUUAUUUUCUUGGUUUUUUAUUUCCAUUUUGUUUCAAUUUUGGUGCUUUGAUUCAGCUCAAGGACAGAACACAUCCUUCUCAAGUUGCACUAAAGAAUUCCAAUGUGGAAACUUAGGAAAUUUGAGCUUUCCUUUCUACAAAUCCACACAACUUGAUUGUGGUUUGUGUAAAGUGAAUUGUGAAGCUACUCCAAAUCCCAUAAUUGAAUUGGAUGGAGUGAAAUAUCAAGCUCUUGAAAAACAGGAAAGUUUCAUCAAAAUUAAGGACACUAUUCUUGGAAACCUUUUGGGAAACAAGAGUUGCCUAUCUUUUGAUAGAAAUCUGUCUCUACCAAUCUCUCCUUCAAUCAAAUAUAGAAUCAGCUCCUUUCUCACUUUGUUCAAAUGCAAUAAUAGCCAAAAGAUACAUGAAGAAGUUUUCACUUCCACAAGAUAUCACAGCUACAAUAGCUGUGAAAGUUUCAUAUUAUACUAUAACCUCUCAAUGGAUUACUAUCCAGGAUUUCCUCUUCCUAGUAGCUGUUCCUUUAUUCGGCUGCCUGUGCCAUCGAAUUCAGAAUCAAAAUCAGAAAACAAUGGCCUAUUUGAUAUGUUAACUGAUGAAGUUGUACUAGUAUGGAUUGUGUCUGAUGAGUGUAAUCAGUGUUAUUACAGAGGAGGCCAGUGUCAAACUGAUAAAACUACUAACAAAUUUCUUUGUUAUAAUACCAAAGUUGCAGGAAAUAUAAAAGGGAAAGUGAUUGUUGCAGUCGCAAGUUUCUUGAUCUCCUGCACUGGAAUCUUGAUUUUGCUCUUCUGCUUCAGAAAAAAGAUUGUAUGGAACAAGUACAUCAGGUUUUGGGAAUCUAAUGCUGAGGAUCACAGAAAUAUUGAAGCAUUUCUGAAGAACUAUGGAUCAUAUGCUCCAAAGAGAUACAACUAUUCAGAGGUCAAAAGAAUCACCAGCCGCUUCAAAAACAAACUAGGUCAAGGAGGAUUUGGUUCUGUAUACAAAGGAACUCUUCCCAAUGGAAGUCAUGUGGCAGUGAAGGUCCUGAAUGAACUAAAAGGAAGUGGUGAAGAAUUCAUUAACGAGGUGUCAAGUAUUAGCAGGACAUCACAUGUUAACGUCGUGAGCCUUGUGGGAUUUUGUUUUGAGGGUCGCAAAAGAGCACUCAUUUAUGAAUUCAUGCCAAAUGGAUCUCUAGAAAAGUUUAUCUAUGAGGAAAGAUCUGACAAUGUUCGCAAAUUGGGCUGGCCAAUAUUGUACAAAAUUGCACUAGGCAUUGCUCGAGGAUUGGAGUACUUGCAUCGUGGUUGCAACACUCGGAUUUUGCAUUUUGAUAUAAAGCCUCAUAAUAUCCUACUUGAUGAUGAUUUUUGUCCUAAGAUCUCCGACUUUGGUCUUGCAAAACUCUGUGUGAAAAAGGAGAGCGUUGUGUCGAUGCUAGGUGCACGAGGGACUAUCGGUUAUAUAGCUCCAGAAAUAGUAUGCAGAAACUUGGGAGGUGUCUCUCACAAGUCUGACGUCUAUAGCUACGGAAUGAUGGUCCUAGAGAUGGUUGGAGGAAGGAAGAAUGUUGAUGUUGGAGUUGAUCGCACAAGUGAAAUCUACUUUCCACAUUGGCUCUAUCGACGAAUUGAACUAGACGAAGAGCUUCAACUAAUCGGGAUAAUGAACGAAGAGGAGAAAGAAUGUGCAAAAAAGAUGGUGAUAAUGAGUUUAUGGUGCAUACAAACUGAUCCCUCGAAUCGACCAUCGAUGAGCAAAGUUGUGGAAAUUUUAGAAGGAAACCAAGACUACUCUUUGCAAAUACCUCCCAAGCCUUACCUAUACUCUUCCUCAAUAUCAGAGGAAGACUCAUCAUCAGUAGCAGAACUGAGAUAAUCUUUGUUUGUUGAUAUGUCAACUAUUAUCUGUGUAGUCUUGUUCUGUUAUGGAAUUUUAGCAAAAGCUGGUACUGUUUGUUUCUGUUUUU